AUGUGCAUCUCAGAGGCAGUGCAGAUCGGUACUGAUCAGACCUACCACAAGCCGAAGGAUCUAUCGUCCUAUGGAGGAUGCAGACAGACCUUCCAUGAGCCGAAGGGUCUACCGUCCUAUGGAGGAUGCAGACAGAUGAAGGGUCUAUCAUCCUAUGGAGGAUGCGGACAGACCUUCCAUGAGCCGAAGGGUCUAUCGUCCUAUGUGGGAUGCGGCCAGACCUUCCAAGAACCAAAGGGUCUAUCGUCCUAUGGAGGAUGCGGCCAGACCUUCCAAGAACCAAAGGGUCUAUUGUCCUAUGGAGGAUACGGACAGACCUUCCAUGAGCCGAAGGGUCUAUCGUCCUAUGUGGGAUGCGGACAGACCUUCCAUAAGCCGAAGGGUCUAUCGUCCUAUAGCAGACGUAGACUCACCUUCCCGGUUGAAAUGGAACGCGCCGCACGCCACGUAGAGGCAGUGGGUGCCUUCUGGGUUGAAAUGGAACACGCCAUGCAUGCAGUGGAGGCAGAGGUAUCCUCCUCGGUUGAAAUGGAAUGCGCCGUGCACUUGGUGGAGGUAGGAUUCUCCUCCCUGGUUGAAAUGGAACGCGCUGCGUGCCAAGUAGAGGCAGUGGGUGCCUCCUGGGUUGAAAUGGAACGCGCUGUGCGCUCCACCACUCGACUGUUUCACUGA